AUGCUGCGCCACGUGCUACGCAAUGAGAACAAUCGCAUUUUUGUGCUAAUUCUGUUAUACUGUGUGUUGGUCAGUCUACUGAAAUUGUGUAUGGCGCAGGCGGAUAACGCGGUGUCCUCCAGUGAUAAUGAUAUUGGGCAUCUUGGUGAUGAUUGCAAGGUGACGCCCGUUAUCCAUGUGCUGCAGUAUCCCGGUUGUGUGCCGAAGCCGAUUCCCUCAUUCGCUUGUGUGGGUCGCUGUGCAAGUUAUAUUCAGGUAUCGGGCAGCAAAAUCUGGCAAAUGGAACGCUCCUGUAUGUGCUGCCAGGAGUCGGGUGAACGCGAGGCUGCCGUGUCUUUGUUCUGUCCCAAGGUCAAACAUGGCGAACGAAAGUUCAAGAAGGUGCUCACCAAAGCACCGUUAGAAUGCAUGUGUCGCCCUUGCACCUCAAUUGAGGAAUCUGGCAUUAUACCGCAGGAGAUUGCCGGCUACUCGGAUGAGGGUCCACUCAACAACCACUUCAGACGCAUUGCCCUACAGUAGAUUCAAUUAUACACUAUAUUUUGCACACCAUUUGCACAUUAAAAUACAUUUAAUUGUCGCACUCUA